AUGGCAUAUGAUCGAUAUGUUGCCAUUUGCCAUCCACUGCACUAUGAGAAGGUUAUGAAUUUGAAAAGCUGCACUGAAAUGAUGAUUCUGGUUUGGUUUGCAGGUCUUCUCUAUGGAACAUUGCAUACUACUGGCACUUUUACAAUCAUUUUUUGUUCUAAUGUUGUCAACCAGUUUUUCUGUGAAAUUCCACACUUGCUAAAACUAUCCUGCACUGGCUUCAACCGGGUUGAAAUUGGAGUUCUCAUGAUUAGUGCUGCUGCAGCAUUAGGCUGUUGUACUUUUAUUAUUGUAUCUUAUGCCAUGAUUUUCAAGGCAGUGCUAAGAAUUACUUCUGAACAAGGAAGGCAAAAAGCCUUAUCCACAUGUAUUCCUCAUCUUACAGUAGUGUUUAUGUUUUUUAUAACUGGAUGCUUUGCCAAUUUGAGACCUACCUCUGACACCCCAUCUUACUUAAAUUUUGGAUUGACUGCUUUGUAUUCUAUCCUUCCACCCCUAUUCAAUCCAAUCAUGUACAGCAUGAGAAAUAAGAAUAUCAGAUUUGUUCUUUCUAAACUAUGGAGGUUCUGA